UUCAUAGCUUUUUGUUUGAUUAUUUUGGUUUUGUUAUGAUUCAUAAUUCAUAAUAAUAACUUCCAACUUUAUCUAUUUUUCUUUUAUUUAUUAAGUACCGAGUUGAUAAGGAGUUUUUAUGACGCCCGAGUAAAAUAAAUUCACAUCAGUCUCAUUUUUUUAUAUGUGGUGAUUUUUGAAAAAAUCAAAAUUAUAUAAUUGUGACUGGGGAAUCCCCUGAUAGUAAAUAAUUGAAUACUAGCAUGGAGGCAUAGAUGGUUUAUUCCAUGAACAUUCUUUAGACUUAACUGCAGUGCCAAAAAUGCUGAAAGUUGUGGUUUUAAUUUUAUUAAUAAACUUUUCAAGCAGCAUAUCACAUCUCAACUAUACAGUGAUCAAAACAGCAAGUUACUCAGAUCCUCAACAUGGAACAGUCAACAGCUCAGUGGAGUAUAUUUAUAGGUUCUCUUAUAACACAACCCAACUUCAGCUUAGUGGUAAGCUAGGAGUGCCGCCGAGAGUAAAAGUCACUUCAACAACAGCCUCCAUAGACACCCCUCUGAUGGUCACUACAAGACAGCCAAAGCAGCUCCUAUCGUGGAAGUUGCCUCUUUCAGUGGAAACUACCAAUGCCGAACUAGUUUAUAUGAAUACAGCUAGGACUCUGUGCUAUGAUAUUCUGGAUCCCAUCAUUUUAAGUUCUUAUAAACUUGAGGAGCAUGAAAACCCGAUAGUUACUUUAGCAACAACGUCUAAAGAAAAUAUUGACUAUACACUUACAGUGGACUUUCCAAAAUAUUUCCACUUGGAUCCCAGCGUUCCAUAUCAUGUGAAUAUUAGUCCUAGUGAACCGCAAUAUUUCUUUUACAAUUUUUCGGCGCCAAACAACCCUUCACAAAAUUCUGGAUCGAACUAUGAUACAGUGCUUUUGACAAUAACCUCAAAUGAUAGUAUUUGUACCAUUGUCAGCAUUCAGAACGUUAGUUGUCCCGUUUUUGAUCUAAAUGAAGAUAUCACAUUUAGGGGCUUUUAUGAAACCUUCACGACUAAAGGAGGAAUUACUAUUCCGAAAUAUAAAUUCCCUUAUGGUUUUUACAUCGUAUUUGUGGCUAAAGCAGAUGACUAUGACUGUACGAGAGGAGUGGAGUCAUCAGUAUCAGUUGAAGCAGCGAUGGUUGAGCGCAGGAAUAAACAGCUGUCUCUCGUCAUUUCUCCUAGCAUCAGCUAUAGCGAUUAUGUAUUUGCAGUGUUUGUAACCCUAGGUGCUAUAGGAUGUUUUUAUGUAGUAUUUGGUGUGACUUUUUGUGUACUUUCAAGAAAGUAUUAUAUGCCUCGCCAAAUGGAAUAUGCGGAGCAUAGUGAUUCAAUAUCCUCAAGGAGAAGAGUUCUUCCAAUACCAGUUGAGCAAGUUCACUUAUCGAAAAAUAUCCAAGGUUCAGUAAAUCCGGAAACUCAAUCGCUAGAUGAAACUGAAUAUGACCACAUUCAGGAAAUUCAAGAUGACCGAGAGAUUAGAUUAUGUAGAAACGAACCAUGUUUAAAUGACUUGGCUAGAAAACCGCCUCAGGUCAUCGUAAAGAAAAGCUAUUUGUAUCUCUACAACGUGCUGACUGUCGCAAUAUUUUAUGGAUUACCCGUCGUUCAAUUAGUUAUAACUUACCAACGAGUUCUUAACCAAACAGGUGAACAAGACCUGUGCUAUUACAACUUCUUAUGUGCACACCCUAUGGGAUUCUUAAGUGAUUUUAACCAUGUGUUCUCCAAUGUAGGAUACUUGUCUUUGGGAAUUUUAUUUUUAAUUAUCACUUAUAAUCGAGAACUGACUCAUAAGGAUCUUGACUUUGAUAGGCGUUAUGGUAUUCCUCAACAUUAUGGUUUAUUUUAUGCCAUGGGUGUGGCCUUAAUGAUGGAAGGUGUUUUAAGCGGAAGUUACCACGUGUGUCCUAGCCAAACCAACUUUCAAUUUGAUACAAGUUUUAUGUACGUUAUGGCGGUACUCUGCAUGAUCAAACUAUACCAAAAUAGGCAUCCUGACAUUAACGCUAGCGCCUAUUCUACAUUUGGUGUGCUGGCAGUUGCCAUAUUAAUUGGUAUGAUCGGAAUAUUUGAAAAUACAAUCGAAUUCAGGAUAUGCUUUGUUGUAUUACAUAUAAUAUCAUGUUUUUAUUUGAGCAUUAAAAUGUAUUACAUGGGCUGCUGGAAGUUGAGUAUUAGUUCAUUUGUGAGGUUGGGGCACGUUAUUAGAAACGACUUUCUUGCUGGACCUCUUAACGUUUUGAAGCCAUGUCAUAAAGCGCGGUUUGUUAUGUUACUAAUUGGAAAUAUUGUUAAUUGGACCUUAGCCGCUAUUGUAGUAACAACUCACCCAAGGAACUUUCCUGUCUUCCUUUUAUUCAUAUUCAUGUCAAAUACCCUGAUGUAUUUCUUCUUUUAUAUAAUCAUGAAGUACUUGCACAAAGAAAAGGUUCGGAUUAUCACCUGGCUAUUCUUAUUUAUGUCGACAAUAUGUGCAGUAACAGCCAUAUAUUUCUUUUUACAUGGGUCAAUAUCUUGGUCGAAAACUCCCGCUCAAUCACGUACAUUUAACACGUCAUGCAAACUUAUGCAUUUUUAUGACUACCACGACAUAUGGCACUUUUUGAGCGCAAUCGGAAUGUUCUUCACGUUCAUGGUCCUUUUAACUUUAGAUGACGAUCUGUCCCAUACGCACCGGAAUCAAAUACCCGUAUUUUAAACUGACAAUCUUUUGGAUGAUUCAAAAUAUAUACAUAAUAAUGUAUAAUAUAAUGUGUAAUAUUUUGCAAGCAUCAGGAAAAUAAAUAGGGUAAACUGUCCAACAGUGAACCAUUAUUAUUUUUUACUCAUUUUUUAAAGAGAAUAGAGAAGGUAAAAAUUUGCAAACUUCAGUUUAUAUUAGUUAUUAUAAUGAUGUAUUAAAUACAGGCACCAUUUAACAAAAAAUAAUAUAGAGUUAAUCUUUAUAUUUUUUUUUUUAAAACCUGUUUUGUGGUUUACUGUGUACCACCUUGUGAAUGAACCAUUACCAAUGAACCAUCUACACUGUUCACAGUGAACCAAAAACAAAAAAAAAACGAAUGAAGUAUGAUAUGUAUAUAUAUAUAUCGACGACGUUACGACAGAAAGGCAUAACCGACACUCACGCUUUUUUUCAGGAGACGAAAAAAACGUUUACAGUCGUAAAAUAUUUAUAUCAUUGAUUUUUUUUUUAAAAUUUUGAUGUUCCUGAUAUAAAACAUUUUGUUUUGAAAUGUUUUUAUUGAAUAAAACUUACACAAACAUGAGAUAUUUAACAUUUUGGCGCUUACGUCUUUUUCAAAAUAUUCUGUGGCGUAAAAGCCUUUUUAGGAGGUGGUUAGAAUUUUGAGCCGAAAAAUAAGUUGUCUGAAAAUGUCGGUUAGCAUCUUUUACGCCUUUUGACUUCAUAGAUACAAUAAAUGGUGAAUAAGCCUUUAUUGCUUUUAAGGUAACAUUUUAGGAAAAAAUAUACACAAAAAUGUUUUUUCGUAAAAUUAAAUACACAAAAAAUAAAACAAAAUUCUUUGUUAAAACUAGAUAAUAAAGUAUUAAAUACUCGUAUUUAAAAGUAACAUAAAAUGUACAUAAAAAAAAUAAAAAUCAGUAUCGGGUCAAAAACAGCAACCAGUAGAGCUAAACUAAAAUCAACUUAUUCUAACAGUCAUAGCCCAAAAUAAGACUAAUAAUAAAAUUAGUACUCCUUCAAAAUUGUAGGCAAAAAAAAUUUGUUUUGGUAUUUUUAAAAAUGUAAUAAAUGUAACUUAAGUUACACUAUAAAACAAACAAAAAAUAUAUAAAAAGCAGAAUUAAAAGUAAACACUAAAUAUAACGCACCAUAAAGCUUCAAAGAACUCUAACUAGUUACUUGUUUAACACUUAUAAAUCUUUCUUCUUUUCCCAACAAUAUUUCUAAAUAAUAUUUCGAACAUUUUUUUUUAAAUCUUUCAACGCCUUUAGAUUUUAGAUAUAAUAUUAUCACAGAUUAAUAUAGCUACGCUCACCCUUACGCUUACGCUUACCCUAUAUUAAUCUGUGAUAAUAUUAUCUUCUAUGUCACUUUCGGGUAAAACAUCUGGUACAUUAUUAUUUCCCUUAAGAGCCAUGUACUCCGCAUGAUAUUGUUUUUUUAUCUUUAGACUUUGACAAAGAUCUAAAAGAUUUUUUAAUUUUUGAGGAUUAAUGGGCAGUUCACUAUUAUAAGCUCGAGGGAUAUUAAAUCCAUUUCGUCUCUCAACCCACUGAAUUUCGUGUGGCAUCUCCUUGUUGUAAUUUGUAAAGGCAAAAAAUGUGUUUUUAUUGUUCUUACUUGCAAAUUUAGCACUGCUUAUAUUAGAAACCUUAAACUCCAUGCCACUGAGUGUCUUCAGUUUUUUAGGAGUAGAUACAGAUUUCCAAUCUAAAAAGUCCCCGUAGUGCAUUGAAACUACUUCGUAAGGCUUUGGGAGACGUCCAGCAUUUCGAAUGAUAGUCGUCCAUUCUGAAGGUGCCUCAAUAUUCAUUUUUGAUGCAUAGCGUUUAAUGACCGCAUGUAUGCUAUCAACGGGCAUAUAAGUAUGGCCUGCAACCAGAUAACUUAUUGUUAUUUCUUUUAUUGACUUAGAAUUCGACACAAAAUACUGAAAAAACAAAUUUAUUUUUGUUUUGUCCAGGACAAUUGUCACAAAAAAGAGAUAUUUUUUUAUACUGGCCAUCAUGUUUGUUAUCUAGGCAGUUUUGUAAAAUAUGAAAAUAAAUUUGAACAUAUUUCGUUGACCCCUCUUUUCCCAUCGUUUUCCCCCCAGAUAUAGCAAAAAGUAUUUUACUUUCGUAUAUCGUGAAAUUAUAUAGAGCAUAUUUUCUGCUAAAUCUAAACAUCAUGCUAGGUCCAUGAGGUGUUGCAAAAACCUUUUGCAAAUCAAAAGAAAUAACAAUAAACUCAUCCUUAUUAGAAUUACCCUGUUCCGUCGAAAAUAAUUCUUUGGCGGUAUUUUUAUUUUUUUGAUGUUUAAUAUAUUUAUUUUUUUCAUCAUCUGUUCUUUCAGCUUCUGAAAUAUUUUCAUAUCUAACACAUGUAGAACAUUUAUCUUUUCUUGGUACAUGUAUACCAAUAUUAAGUUUUUUAAAGUUUUUUUUAAAGUGGAAAUUUUAAAAGGCACGCUAUUAUUUUCAUUUAUUUUUGUGUUAUAAAUUUUAUAAAGAUUUGAAAUGCUUUUAGUGUCUGCUGGUAAAUAUAACGUAGUACUUGACCCUCUACAGUAGUGCGAACAGCUGGAAGGCUCUUUAUAAAAUGUUGAAAAGCUAACAUUUGUUCUGGAGUGACUUUAUGUUUUGGUUUAUGUUUUCCCCUUUUCUCUUGAUUAACUUUAAUUUUUCCUUUAAUGGUAAACCGUAUUAACUUUUGAGUAACAUUUAAUGUAUUUUUAAAAAAAUGUAAGCAAACACGUUUUUGUACAUUAUUAUUCAUGAGAAAGUACUGAUAAGUUAGAUUACGGCGCGAGUCUCCAACUGUUCUUUUUCGCUUUACGGGUAUAACGUUAACACAACCAUUUAUAAAGUUUUUUUUGUCUAAGCUAUUACCGAGACUCCAGAAAUUCCUAAAAAUAGUUUCUCUGUCUUCUGGGAUAAAUUUAUUACAUUUAUUUAUACAAUUUUUACCAAAACAUGGAUUAGGAAGAAUUUUUUUUCCAGAUACGCGUUUGUUUUUGUAAUUUAGAUAACUUUGCCGCCUUAAGUUACGCAAUUUUCGUUGACGCAAUAUCUUCCUUUUUUUUUCUCUUUUGUCCUCUAUCAAAUGUUUCAGUCGAGGAUUUAGUGCUCUGAGAUGAGGUAACAGAUGUUUUACUAGAAACUGAACCCUUUUGUGAGCUAAGACUAGAACUAACACUCUCGGUUUCACUCUCAUGGAGUUCGAUUCGGAUUCGGAAUACAAAGAAUCAUUGUGAAGUUCAACAUUAUUAUGAUUUUCUUUCCUAUCUGUUUUAUUAAAUACUAUAAGAUUAUCACUACUGUAACUAUCUGAAUAAGGCACGAGUUUGGUAUCACAGAUUAAUUGCAGAUUAUCAGUCUCUUCGCUGGCAAUAGCGGCAGUCCCAAUUGUUUCAUCGAAAAUGUUUGAAAAUAAACUACUAUCAAUAUUAAAAUUUGAGCUGACAUUAAGACUAAAAUCCAAAUUAUCAAUAACAGAGUUAUGCAGUUCUAGUCGUUUAGACUUUCAGAUUGUAAAAGAUUGUCAUGUUGUAGUGCUUCAUGUAGGUCUAUUUCAGAAAUAUUAUUAUAAUUUUGAUUACUCGUCUGAUCUUCCCUCAUGUUUUGUAGGGCCAAAUUUCUUAUCUUUUGCCCACGAGAAAUCAUUCUGAAAAUAAUUAUAAAAAGUCGUAAGCGACAUACAAAAAUUUAAUUUUUAAACAACAAUUACGCAUAAAAAACAAUAUCUAAGUAUAGGAAAAUACUCUAAAUAAUAAUAUACCAAACAUCCUUUAUUUAAUAGCUUCAUUUUUACCUAAGUCAGUAAAGUAGUAAUUGUUUUAUUGAGAACUUAAAUUGCAAUGUAAUUUAUGGUGGUUAGACCAAUCAAAUAAAAAAAAUUAAAAAGGCGUAACCGACAACGUAAUUAAAAGUGAUUUUUUUAAUGUUUUAUAAUUUAUUAUGUUAAUUAAACUAUACAGACGUUCAACUAACAACAAAACAAUAAUAAAUAUAUUUAAAAAUUACUAACUUUGCAACAAAAAACAGUUUUUCCAGGCCCUGGGCGUAUACACCUUCACGUACGGAUGACUGUCGCUUACUGAUUCCGUGUCGAAACUCGCAAGAAAUUAAAUUGGCGGUUUGACGCUCGGUUUUGUUCACUUAGAAUUUUUUGUGCCUUACGUCCUUUUAAUAGGUAAAUAGGGCUAAAGUAGUAUAUUAUUUUGAUGCCAAAAAAUAAAAUUCGUGAUUUUGGCGCUGGAUGGGCUUGGAUUAUAUAUAUAUAUAUAUAUAUAUAUAUAUAUAUAUAGGGGAAGCAGGGGGAAUGCCGCUCAGUUAAGGAAAAAACGCAAUAUUUUUAUAAAACUUUGGUUUUUAUUAAAAAUAAGAACAAAUGACAAAAGUUUACCUCUUUGUGUGUCAAUAUGUUAACAUAAAACGUAAUUAUAGUUUACCUAAAAACAGUAGGAAAACUUCAAAAAAAAAUCAGGGUUGAGCGUCAAUGCCCCUGGCUAUGGGUAAUACCGCUCAGCCAUAGGGGUAAUGACGCUCAAAUCUGCUUUUUUAAAAAAUAACCGUAUACACAUAUUUUUUUAUGAACAAAUAAAAAAAACAACCUUAAAUAACUAAAAUAAAGUAUUUAGUCAUAGUUGAGCAUCACUAAACAUCAUCAUUGUAGUUUUAGUUACAGAAAUCACAGAUGUAUCCAUCUGGAGAAUCCCAUCCGGUGCACAUGGCAUGAGUCCAGAACCCACAUAUGGUACAGCGAUACCACAUUUCAUUAUUUCUUCCAAAUUCUUCGCAAAUAUUGCAUUUAUUAUAUUCAUUUCCUUCCACACUCAAUUCAUCAUCACUGUCAUCGUCACAGACAUUUUCAAUUUGUUCAUCGUCAUCUGAUGAACUGUCUUGCAAAACUUUAGCGUUUGCAAGAUGUUCCACUUUUAUUUUUAUUUCUAUUAUUUCCUGUGACUUUACUUCUUGUUUGAUCUUUUCUUCCGGUCUUAUUGAGUUUUUUUUUCUUGUUCGUUUCUUUCUCUUCUAAUAUAUUUUUCAUUGGAGUCGAUGUUAAUAUGGUAGAAUGUUGUUUUCUCUUGCUUUGAGCUGGCUUUGAAGUUGACGCAAUAGUUGGUGGUGUUGUUGCUAUCUUAGAAAAAGAAACAUAAGUUUGUUUUUGUUCACCCAAAAGUGCCUGGUUAGAUGGACCAGAAUUGGGUGAUUUAUUUUUGAUAGACUGGGACUUAGAUGCAGCAUGUACAGAAGCUUCAAGAUUUUGAUUUGGCGCUUCCAUCAGUGGAUCAGGAGCAGGAGAUUCAUGAUCUUGGUGGUUUGACAUAUCAAGCGAUGAACCAGUAACUGGAGAUGCAGGUGCUUGAUUGAUCGUCAUGUGAUGAGUUUGCGCAGCUCCAAGAUUAUCGCCAGUUUCAUUUUCGUUUUGAGUGGGUUGUUCUGAGUUUUGAGCCAUCAGAGAUGCUGGCAAGAAGUCUUGUUCAGUAAAAACAUUUGGAUUUAAAGGGUAGAUUCCAGUGGCUCGGAAUCCUGCUUUUCCUUUGCUUAUGUUUGCAACUUGUGCAUAUGCCUUGUUAAAUAAACAGGCGACGUCAUAUGGAGUUAUUUUAGCCAUUAAGUGUGUCUUCAUAUGCAUGUUGCAUUCGUGUCUAUAAGCAGCUUUCAGGGGACCAUAAAAAGACACAUCGAGAGGUUGUGUUCUGUGAGAGCUGUGUGGUGGAAUGGAAAGCAUAGCGAUGUGAUUUUUUUUGCAAUAGUUAAAAGCUGGAAGGGAGAUGUGGCUGCUAUGGUUAUCGAGUAUUACGAGUACAGGAGAAUCUUCUGUAGGCUUGACAUAUGCUGCAAAAUGUUUAAGCCACUCUACAAACAAUUCCUCAUUUAUCCAGCCAUUCUUGGAGUGGGUGUAAAAUGCACCAGGCGGUCCAUCCUUUUCUAGUAACGGUGUCAUCCUCUGCCUGAGAAAAAUAAACAUUGGUGGUACGAAGUUCCCAGCCGCACUCAUGGCACACAUGACUGAUAUAUUUCUGCCGCGUUCGCCGCUCGUAACUGCGCCUACUCUUCGUUGCCCUUUUUCUGCAAGCACUUUUCCCGGAUCUGUGACGGUUGUGAUCCCUGUUUCGUCAGCAUUGUAUAUAUUAUUAGGAGGAAACCUAUACUUUUCCAUUAGGUCACCAAGCAUUUGGUAGAAGUGAGUAAUCUCUUCUUUGUUAAAAGCAGAAACCCUAUUUAAACUUGUUGCUUCAGCUUUACGUACAGCAACAGAAGGGUUGCGUCGCAUAAAACCUUGUACCCAAUCUAACCCAGCCAUUUUGCUGUUCUUAUCAAAAUUAUUUUUGAUACUGUUAAUCUCUGCAUACUUGUAAACGGAUUUACGCAAAUCUGUAACGCUUAAUCCAUAGUAUAUUGAUCCCAGCAGCUUAACCUGUUCAGCUAUUUCACUUUCUUGUUGUUGAUUAAAAACUGGUUUACGACCCAGUCGUGGACGGCCUAUGUUUUGAUUCUUUAGCCUAUCUCUUAAUGUAGUAAAUGGAAUUUUAUAUGUUCUUGCUGCUAGUCUUUUCGACAUCCCCCUUUCAAUCGCAGUUCUGGCAUGCAGUAGGUCUUCUUCGGUCCAAGCCGCUUUGGCAGUGGUCCUUUCACGUUUUCUGGGCAUAUUCUGAAAAAAAAAACCUUUACUGGGGUAAUGACGCUCACUUGAGCGCCAUAACCCCAAAUGACCGUUUUAUAUUUGAUUUAAAAUAUAUACAAAUACAAUUGCAUAACAAUGUUUACAUUAUCACAAAACAUAAUGUCUUAGUACUUUAGAUAAUAAUACAUGUGAUUAAAAGUGUUGAAAAUCUUGACUUACCGCUAAAAAUUCCGAGCUAAAAAUUAGAUGAAAGCUGCCGAAAAGAAACAAACGCACUUCACUCUUACGGCUACGGAAGCAAACUGCUAUUAUGGCGCUGGGCGGCACCGACAUCACCCCCUCGCGUCUCAGCCCAUGUGCUGUGUUUCUAUGCAACGUAUGUGUCAAGUAAAUAGGGUGAGCGGCAUUACCCCCUGAGCGCAAUUACCCCUGCUUACCCUAUAUAUAUAUAUAUAUAUAUAUAUAUAUAUAUAUAUAUAUGUUUUUUCAAUAAUUACAACCAGUUUUAAAGUUUUAAAUUCUAAAAAUAAGUUAACAAAAAUAAGAACUUCUUUUAAAAAACUAAGAACAAAAAACAAAACAAAAAAAACUUAACUUUUACAAAAAAAUAGGAAUUUUAACGAACAUCUAAUAAACCUAAAUUAACAUUAAAUUUAAAAUAGGAAUUUUGCCUUGAGGUACUUCCAUUAAUAUGAGGCUUUGGUAAAAUAGUUUUUAUGUCCGCUAGAUCUAUAUCUGCCAUAUCUGUAACAAGAGGCAUGUAAAACAUAUUGCCUAUAACUUUUCUACGCAAGAACGUUACAGAAAAACUAUUUUUAUUUUCUUUUAAAAUUUUCCCCACAUAAUAAAUAAUAUUUUUCUUUAAUUGAAAUUCUACAAGCACAAAGUCAUCAGGAAGUGAGGCUCUCUCAAGAGCAAACUUAAUACCUGGCAACGCUUCAUCUUCUGAUGUCUCAUUAUCACUGUCUAAAACCAACGGUGUGUCUGAGCUUGACGAUGAACUUUCCAUUAGAACUCUCUUUGUCUUCUUCGGAACUAUUCGUCUUUUACCUUGUUGCUCCAUUUCCAAGAGGUCCUUUUCAGGAGUGUCAGUUGCAAUUAGACUCCUUCCCGCUUUGCGUCUUUUCGUUGUAUUUUUUCUGGCGGCUGCACGGAGUGGUGGUUGAAAUUCUUUGGGAGAUAUAAAAAUAUUUUCGUUGUUUUGUUGAUACUAAGUGGAUGGAAUAGGAGACUCGAUAUUUAGGUUUUUCUCGAUACCAUCUGGUUGAUUGGAUAUAGUAGCUUUUUCUUUUGACAUGUCAGGUUGUGAAGAGUUUGUAUUUUCUUCAAUAUCAUCUCUGUCAUCUGGGUUUCCAUUUUCCACCUCUUGAUCCAAAAUAUAUAGGUUUCGAUCCCCAGGGUCAGGUCUAUCGGUGACGGAGCUAGGCAUAAAGUCAACUUCUGAUAAAAUGUUACGAUCAAACGGGAAUAUGCCUGUUUUCCGAAAUGCAUUUGUAAUUGUAUAUGGUGUCGUAGCUUUCUGAUAAGCUAUUCCAAUAAAAGAUGCUAAUUUAUAAAUAGUAACGGGAAUCCCAGGAUUUCUCAGCAUCCAAGAAUCAAUAGAGGCAUUAUCAUAUUCUUUAAACGGCUUCAUUAUACCAACAUCUAAUGAUUGGGUUUUCUGCGUUGUAUGGGGUGGAAGGGUUAAAAUAUUAACACCGUUUUCCUUUGCAAUAUCAAUAGCUCCGAUUGGCAGGUGCGAUUCGUGGUUGUCCAUAAUCAAUAUGGAUGGAUUCUCUUUUGAAGAUGAGCUAUGCUUGACAAAAUGAAGCAUCAUCUCGCUAAAGAGAUCUGAAUUCAUCCAGCCACUGGACGUUGCCAAGCCCAAAGAGCCUGGUGGAGCUCCAUUAAGCAUAUGCGGUUUAAAAUGCACUCUGGGAAAUAUUAAAGCUGGCGGUAGACUUUGCCUACUUGCACUUACGAUACAACAUGUAGUAACUAAUGUUUUCCCUUUUCUCCACUGGUUACUUUGGACAAGCAUCUUAUACCCUUGGGUGCCAAGACUCUUUGAGGUUUUUGCACGGUAGUAGUGGAAGUUUCGUCCAAAUUAAAGAUUCGCGUCCCAUCGGCAAACCGUGGAUCUCUUUGCAAAAUAUUAUAAAGAUUAUCAAAAAAUUUUCCCACAUUUGAUCGGUUAAAAGAGGUUGCUCUGGCUAGACUACAACGCUCUGGGCAUCUUAGCGUCAAGGUCGGAUGUCUUUGGCGAAAAGAACGCAGCCAUUCUAUUCCAGCUAACUCCUGUUUUGACCAUGAAGCAGGCAUUUUUAUAUAAUUUUUUUUUGCCAUUUGGUAAGCAAUCCUACGACAAUCUUUAUUUAUUACGCCGUAAAAAGCAUAAGCACAUUCAUAUAUGUAUUCCACUAACGACUUUUCUUGCUCCACUGUAAAUACUUUGUUAACCUCAUAGUUUGGAGUAAGUCGAACAUCGUCUCCUAACUGUUGCUGCUUCAUGAAGUAUCUCCGAAGUGUUGGAUAGGGAAUAGAUUUCCUUCUAGAGGCUUCUCGUAGGCUAAUUUCCGUAUUCUUGAGAGCAAGAGCGUCAGCCAUUUGUGCCUCAGUGUGCUUUCCGAUUUUACGUUCUCGUUUUUUGCGAGCCAUGAUGCUAAAAGUCAAUUUUUUUAUAAAUAUCAUUUUAUAGAUAAUACGGUCCACAGUGAACCGAUUUACUGUGUACACAGUGAACCGAUUCACUGUAAAUUUGCUACUAAUAAAAUCCAAAUAAAUCCAAUAAAAAAAUUAAUAACAAAAUAGCAAUAAUGAAAAACAAAAGAAUUAUUAUUUAUAAGUUGGCUAAAAAGAAUCAGCAAUAGAUGACACUAUCAAACAUUUCAAAAUAUUUGAGCAAACACCCCAAAAACAUUGGGUAAAUGAACAAACGAAAUUUAGUUUGCUUACCUGAAAACACACAAUUGCACGUGGCACGUUUAAAAUAAUACUGAUCGACGAGAAUCGACUAGCAUACGUUGUUAUUACAAAUAGAUGCUUUAAGCGGUCCCCACCACACACUCUAACGACCGUUGGUAAAUGUUGUUGCGCCAAAUUUGAAAAUGGUUCUCUGUGUACUGUGGUUCACUGUUGGACAGUUUACCCUACAUUUUCAUUUCGAGCAAAUAAAUAUCAAUCCAGAGCGCUUUCUACAACUUAGAUUGAAACUUAUAUAGGAAGUGGAACUUUUAUAAAUAUAUUUCACCAAAUAAUUAAUUAAAUAUAUCUAGUUGUUGGGCUCGGCUAAUUUCUUCUCUGUAUUUUUUUUCCAUUUAUAAGAUAUUUAUUAUACCGGGUGACAGGAAAAAGGGAACACUUAAUAACUUUUUUACUUUUUAAGAUAAGCAAUUGAAAUUUGGUAUAUCGAUUGAAUAGUUAUAAGAGCAUCUAUUGACAUAUUCUGUUAUUUUUCGCCUGUUAAAUCGGAAGUGACACUAUUUUUUUAAUUUUAAAUGGGACAAUUAGUAUAUUAUUAUGCAUUUUGAUAGAAAAUGCUAUUCUGAGAAUAAUGAUACCGCAUUUGCUACUUUUUGUUUUAUACUCAUAGAAAAAAUCAAUUUUGUAAAUUUUGUAAUAGGGUGUAUAAGAGGGUAAAGGUAAAAUAACAGAAUUAUUGAAAACACUUACGUGGCGUUGUUCUAUGGUGUAAUGCUCCAUUGACUACCUGCCAUCUGUCGGUUUUCGAUCUGUCACGUCAUAAUCUGACAUUAUGACUGUCAAACAUGACGCGGAAUUGAAAUCUUGAGUUCUUAGUGAAACACCUUUUAUUUUGAUAAAACUACUAUAGUACUAGUUCACACCCUAGUUAAUACCCAGAAUAUUAGAUAUCCUGCUUCACACAGGAAUUUAUUUAAACAAGCAGUCUAAAAAAUGAAUAGUAUUCUGGGCAUUUAUUUAUUACUAAUUUCAGUUUUUUUUUAAUGAUAAAUUAUAACAAUUGUUGGACAACGAUACUUGAGUCUCGCAUAGGAGUGUCUGGGGCGUGAAAAAUUUAUGAAAAAAGUUGUUAAAUCAACCCGCCGAUACAUAUGGAAUUAUUUUUAUAUCUAUAACGUUAAUGAAAAUGAUUAAUGUUUAUCUCCUCCGAUCUGAACAACGCAGUAAAAUUAUGUAUUUGACAUUCGGAUGCUCUUAAUUCGAUUGGCUAAGUAGCUGAGCAUUCUAAUGGACUGUGGUUUCCAACAAUUGAACUUUGUGCGGCAUUUAUACGUGUUUACGAGAUUUGUGCUAUUUCAAUUUUAUUGAUCUUUCGUUAUUUUAUUUUUGUUGUUACUCUUGUCGUUAUUUGUUAUUUCUUUACAAGGAAUAUGGCGUUUAUUUUAAAUUCGAGUCCUACAUAAGAGUAUUGUAUCAAUCUUGGGUCAACAAAAACACGUAAGUUUUAACAACAAAACAGCAACAAUCAUGCUUCGGAGUUGUUACAUUGCGCAUAACAUUUUUUAUUUAAAAAAAUUGCAGCUUUUAAACUUUUCCUAUUUUUAUUAAUAACAGUAUUUAUUAUUGUGGUAAAUAACGCUAAGUAGUAGCAAUUUUUUUUGAGGCUAUUAAUUCUUUAAUCUUUCUGAAUAAUUUAUUAUAUCCGAUGGGAUUACAAGGGCAUCAUGCUUAUGUUAAAAAAAUCAAGGUUCGUUUAAUAUUUUAAUCAAUUCUCUGCAAAAACUUUCGACGAUUUUUGGACUAAUACAGAAUGAUUAAAUUUGUUUUAUAAGCUUACAUUUGAAAACCUGCCAGAGCUAGCUGAUACAACAAAUAUAAAUAAUUAUUAGGGGAAACUGGGUAACAGUAAGACACUUUUUUUUCUUUUUACUAUAAGAUCAUUACUAUUAAAUGUAUAAACAAAAUUUUUUAAUGGCUGUAUUUUUACAUCCUUUUAUUAACACAAUAUGUAUAGAAUUUAGCAGUAUCUGUUUUAAGAUCUCUGAAUUUGACACAUAAAAUUCAGUUGUCAUUUGACUCAGUGUUACCCAGGUAACAGUAACAGUGUAACAGUACCCAGGGUAACAGUAAGACACUAUAUGUAAUUGCCCAAAUAUUAGUGAUUAAAACAAAAUAAAAACUCGAACUUAAUUUAUUUUAAUUUUGAUUUUAAACAGAACAUCAAAGAAAAUUGUGGCUUUAAGCUUACUUGAAUUUUUAAAGUAAGAAAACAUGUUUUAAAUAUAUUAUAAUAUAUUUAAAAUAAAUACAUAAAAUACAUAUUCAUUAAAUUAAAGUUUAAUUCAACGAAAAAAAUGAAUUUUGUCGCUUAGUAUGACCGUAAUUAAGGGGUCUUGGUAAAAUCAUUUUAAUGUCCUUAACUGGUAUUGUGGCAAUGUCUGGGAUAACGGGAAAGUAAAAUUUUGAAUCAGUCUUUUGGCUUUUCCUCAUAAAACUAAUAUUCGCCUCAUUUGUCUCAGUAACACAAGAAAGCACCUUUCCUAUAUAGUAAACAGGCUUUGAUUUUGUGUUUUCUGGUUUAAAUUCAACCAGGACAUAAUCCUUAACCUCUGGAAAUUUUGACAGAUCUUCAAAUGCUGUGGGAUCCACUUUUGGAUCUACUUCAGGUUCAAGAUGUUCAGAUGAUGCAUUAGAAUGCCAUUCUUCAUCAUCUUCAUCACUGUCCUAAAUCUUUCGCUUUACACUUUUCUUUUUCUGUACAUCUAUUGAGGUUGAAGGUAUUUUUUUUUCAGCCUUUCUUUCUUCCAGCUCAAGUUUUUCGGGAGUAUCGGUGGGUAUCAUGCUUUUUCCCUGUCUCAUUUCUCGGCUCAGCUUUAGGAAAUUGGCGAAUUUUUUCUGGGGUUAUAAAUCUAUUUGCGUUUAGUUUAGUUUGAUCAUCAAUUGGUUCCCGAGGAGGAGUUUGAUUACCCAGUACUAGUUGAGGUCUAUCAGUGACUGAGCAUGGCAAAAAGUCAAUAUCUGUAAAUAUUUCUUUGUCAAAGGGAAAUAUUCCGCAUUUUUUAAAAGCGGCAUUUUUUAAUAUUUGCUGAAGUCAUUGCUUUUUGAUAUGCUUCCCCCCACACAACCUGCAACUUGAUAACUGGCUUUCCAGGAUGAUGCAUCAGCCAGCUAUCUAUAUCAGCAUUAUAAGCAAUACUGAAAGGCUUAAAAAUGCCAACGUUUAAAGGUUGCAUCCUGGUCGAGUGUGGUGGAAAUGUCACAAUAGUGACGCAAUUUUCCUUAGCAAGAUCGAAAACCUCGAUGGAUAGAUGACUCUCAUGAUUGUCAUAAAGUAAAAGACUUGGAUUUUCGUUCGAACUAGAGGUGUGCUUAAUAAAGUGCUCGAUUUCUUUUAAAAACAAGUCGGCAUUCAUCCAACCAGACUGAGACGCCAGACCUAAAGUAUCAGGCGGAGCACCAACAAUCAUGUGUUCUUUGAAGUGACCCGUGGAAAAACCAUAGCAGGAGGGAGAUGAUUUCCUGCAGCACUUACUAUUGCACAUGUUGCUACAAGAACGCCCUUUUCUCCACUUUAUUGACUUGUUUUGCUCCUUUUUCGGCUAAAACUUUAGCCGAUUUUUGAACAGUCACUGUAGCCGUUCCAUCAAGAUUAAAAAUACGCGUCCCAUCGUUAAAUCUUUCAUUGCGUUUCAUUGCUUUGCAUAAGUUAUUAAAAAAACAUAUUAACGUUAUGCCUAUUAAAGGAUGUAGCCCGUGACAGACUACAUCCUUCUGGAGUUCUUAAAGAAACAUUUGGAUUUCUUCUUAUGAAAUUUCUCAUCCACUCCUGUCCUGCCAUUUUAUUAACGGACCAUUUCGGAGGCAUCUUAAAAUGGUUUAUGAAUGCUAGCUCAUAAGCCAAUUUACGGCAAUCACAAAGAGGGAGCCCAUAAAACAUCUGAGAGCAUUUAAUAAUAUAAUCAGCCAGCAUUUUUUCUUGCUCGUUAUUAAAUACUUUAUUUAUUGCAUAAUUAGGUGUAUAGCGAAUCAAUUCAUCCUGACUUGAUUUUCUCUUUCGCACAUAUCUAAAAAUAGAUAUUGUAUGUAUUUUGUAAGUUUGAUUAAACUAACUUUUUUGACCUAGAUAAGGUCUGGAAACUUAAAUUUUCUUGUUUUGCAACAGAUCUAGUGCUACGUCCGCUAAGCACAGCUUCAACUGCCCUUUUCAUAGUUUCCUCGGAAAAUGUUCCAUAGUUUGUUUUCCUUAGUGGAUUCCUCGGCAUUCUGAACACUUUUUUUAUAAAAUUCUAAAAAAAAGAAGCGAGUUCUAUAUUUUUUAAUAAUAUUUGGGUAACAGUGAGACAUGUCUCAAUGUACCCCGUCUCACUGUUACCCAUUGUCGCUAAAGCUAAAAAAACAUCAUAAGCCUAACCUCAAAUUUCUUUUGCUCUAUUAAACUUCGUUAUUCUAUUAGCUAAUCUACCCAUAACUUUAUGGUAAUACUAACAAACUGCUAAAUAUUCAACUUCAUUUUACAAAAAAGUCUCAACUUACCUGUUGAUAUUUACUUUUUGCACACGAAAGGCAGGUGAACGCGACAGAAUUUAAUUCAAACACGAAUGAAAAUCAAACGGAUAGGAAAUCGGUAAUUGUCAAUGUAGCUAAGAUACACCAGUAGUGACAUCUUUUGACAGGACAAAGAACCGGAGUAAUUUCGAAUGUCUUUCUAGUUUUCUGUUGAAGGAACAAUUGGCGUGAGACUGUAACUACGCCUUAGGCUUGUAAUCUACUAGAUGAUCUAAAAUUUUAUAUUAAAGAUAUUUGUGAACAAGUGCUCUUAUUUUUAGAUAUUUUUUUAUUACUUUUUAAUUUUGCGACAACUUUAGUAUCAUAAUGUGUCUUAUUAAAUAUCAUUAGAUUAAAUUAGGAACAUCUUUGGUUUUUUCUAGGAAAACAAUUUUUGAUUCCCAGCUUUAUUUUAAAUUGUACAAUAAAUUACUUGUGAAUCUUGGUUAUCUGCGAAUAAAAAUAUUUACUUCUAUUUAGUUCAUUCUUUGAAUGGAAUUUGUUUCAUGUCUAGCAGAUGUAAAUAUCAUAUUAUAUUUUUAUCUACUUAUAGAAUUUUAACCACUGGAAAACCACAUUAUCCAACGACAUUCCUUGUUUCUGAUCAACAUUCCGAUUUGACUAUAAAUAAAGACAAUUUCGGUGAACAACAGCAUCUGCGGGAGUUUUCAAAAAGAUCUUAUAUUUGUACCUAUUCAGAUGUGGAACCAUUUGCCCGACUGUGUGAGGGUAUAUUUUUCUCCUUAAAACGAUUAAAAGGCUUUUGUUAAAUGAGUGUAAUUUUUAAUGCUUUUAUUUAAAAUUUACUUAGUUUCGUAGUAAUUUUACGAUUUUAUUCACCCAGUGCCGAUCGCUUCAUGGUUUAAAUUAAACUGCGGAUGGCAACAGUAAAGAGUCCAUACUUGUGCUGUUGGACUAUUCAAAGGUUUUUGAUCUUAUUAGCCAUAAUAUGGUUAUCAAUUAAUAUAUAUUGUAAAAUAAAAAGCGUUUCUUUCCCUUCCAUGCACUGCACCACGCUACUGGUUGGUACUUUGAUUGCUCGAAAUACAAAAUGAAAAUUUCUAACUCUUCCACGAGCAUGGUGUAAAUAAAUGGUAUUAUUAUGCAAUUUUUUACACCACCGUGAGUGUUAAUGUUCUCUUAAUGGCGUCCUUAUUUAAAUAAGAUUUAUUAUUUUGUCCAACAUUGUGAUAAAAGCAAAUAAUAAUUUAUAUUAUAAAUGUUUAUUUAGUUUAUAUUACAAAUGUUUUGAUAAUGAUUUGAUUUAUAGCAAAUAAUUACUGGUAUGGUAUGCACCUUAGUUAAAGGAUAAAGCAGUUUCUAAAGAUGUAAUAAUUAUUGAAGAGUGGAGAUUUACACUUUGCCUUAGAUCGUAAGUGCCAACACGUUUAACACGUUCGCUGCCAAUUUUUUUUUAACAACACUCUAAAAAACCUAAGAAUUUUUUUUUUUAAACGUUCAAGAAAGCCAUUUUAAAAUGAUUUUGUAUAAUUUUACCUGUCACUUAGACAGAUUUGUGACAUUGACAGUGACAUGAUCCCAUGACGCCACACGUGCGUCAUGGUUACUUAAAAAAAUAUUUUUAUUUUUUAAAAUUUUUUCAUUAUAAGAUUGACAUAUAAGCACUUACUAAUGUAAAACAAAGGACAGAAAUGCUAAAAAAUAAUAACUAAUAUAAAAAACACCAAAUACUUAUUUUUUUAAAUUUAUUUACGAUUGUGAAAAUUUUUAAAACAGUCUCCUAAGCAAAGUCCAGGGCUAUCUGGGCAGGUUGGACAGUAAAAUACCGUAUCUUUUCUAAUUUUGUGAACGUAACACAUUCUGCAUCUUUUUCUAAUUUGCUUUCCAUUUCCAUCUUUCUGGAAUUUCAAAGGAAGAUGUUCACUGGCAACAUUGCUUUUAUACUCUAUUUCAGAAGUGUGUAGAGCAAUAAAACCUCAUUAGGUAUGCAAAAGUGGUACCUGGUGAUCCACCAAUAUUUUAUGCCACUACCUUAGUUGGGUAUUAGUUUCAAUGUAAAAUUCUUUCUUUUCGUUGAUUGCAGGUAGUGCCACCCGGUUUUGGGUCAAUUUAUGAGUUUUGUCCAUUGUUACCCACUGAUAAACAUUGAAAACGGUUCGCCAAAGGCGUGCAACUGGGACUUGUUUUUUACCUUAUAAUUAAUGUACUUAAAUGCUAUUUUAUUUUAGAAAGUUACUUUUGUUUAAAUGGAAUAAUAUAUUUUUUUCACAAAUUUAUUGAACAUAAUAUGUAGAGUAAAACAGUUGAAAAUGUCACUUUUGGAUCUGGCACUUUUUGAACAGUGUAUAACAAUUUUAAAUUAUAAUAGAUUGUAGUCUUCUUCGUCAUCUGACGAACUGUCAUCACCUCUUGACAUUAUUAUUAAAGGAUAAAGACUGUCUGAUCGAUGAGGUUGUCAAGAUCCCACAUUUUGUCCUCUUGCUUAAUUACAUGCUGGAUUGCUUUUCGCCAAUUCUCUGGUGUCGCUUCCGUAAUGGCUUGAUCAAACAGUAGCUUAACAUCUUUCAUUUUAAAAGUCGUGUUUUGUCUUGCUACAAAUCCUUUUACCUGCGCCCAUAUCAGUUCUAUAGGAUUUAGUUCGCAAUGAUAUGGCGGUAAGCGCAGUACAGUUAUAUUAUAUUUUUCGGCUAUAUCUUCCACGGCGUAUUUCAUGAAACGAGUUUUGUGUAAGUUUGCUAUUGCCAGCAGUUCUUUUUUUAUCAAAUUUGCUUCAAACGCAAUACCUUUUGCAGUCAGCCAAUCGAUAAUUUCUUGCUUUCUCCAACUUGAAGUUGGCGUCUUCUCUAUUCGCCGUGAAUGAUAGCUUGCGUUAUCCAUAACCACCACCGAAUUAGCCGGAAGAAAUUUUAUCAUUUCACCAAAAUAGUCCUCGAAAACGUCUGAGUUCAUGUCUUCAUGGUAAUCUCCUGUGCGAGUCGACUCAAAGGUUAGCAGACCUUCUUUUAAAAAUCCCUCUUCGCUUCCAAUAUGUGUGAUUAUAAGUCUUUUUCCUUUUCCCGAAGGUACUUUAAUACCCGUAGACAGGCCUUCUAUGAAAGCUUGGCGAGCACUGGUUAUAUUUUUGUCUUGCCACAUUUUUUGGACUAUAUAACCUUCGUUAAUCCACGUCUCAUCAAGAUAAAAGACUUUCUUUUGCUCCCUGCGGUACUGCUUGAUACUUCUCAAGUAUUAUCGUCUCCAACAAACAAUUUCGUCGCUCUCCAGUAAAAGUGCUUUGCGAUUAUGCUUUUCCCAGGCGAAAUCCAUAUUUUUUAAAGUUUUCCAUAAAAGUUUUUUACUUAUCAACGGAAUACUGUAAUCUCGGCCAAGCUCCAUUAAAAUUUUGUCUAGGGUGGGUAUUUCCUUUUUAAAAUAAAAAGAGUGAACUUUUCUUCGAAUUAUACAUUUAGCAUUUUCAUCAAGGACUUUUGUAGGUCGUCCUGGCUUUUGCUUGGGAGAUUCCACUUGACCUGCUACUUUUCUUUCCCGCAACAAUUUGAAAAUGGUGGACUUUCCAAUUCCACUCAUUCGAGAACAUUUGUCAACAAUUUCUUGCACAGUAAAACUAGGGUAAUCGUGUUUUAUGCAAUCAUGUACAUUUAAAAUAAUAACUUUUUCACUCAGCGAUAGUGGAGAAUUUUUAGUACAUCUUUUCGUUGGACUGAAUACCUCCAUUUUUUAAAUAUUGGGAUAAUAAUAUUGUGAUUACACUACAGCGUAGCAGUGACUACUAACGUUUAAAAUAUGAUUUAAAAGUAUUUAUAGUCUCUAUAUAUUACCUGCCCAUUUUUGCAUGUUACAAAACGUUAAAAGAUAGGUACCUAUACAAAAGGAUUAAAAGUAUUUAUUUAGUAUUUAAUCUCUUUCAAAAUAAAGGCAUUUAAUCCGUGAAAAUUAAAUUCAUAAAUAUUAUAAGUAUCUGCGCCUAUGAACUACCACGAAAUGUAGCCAAACAGAACGGAAUUCCCCAGUUUAUUGCUCUAUACACUUCUGAAAUAGAGUAUAGGUAUAGUUACCUGUUUAUUGGUUUUGUUUGCUUCAGAAAGAAGUUGUUUUACAAGAGUGUGUCGAAAAUCAUAAUAAUCGAGUUUUCCUUUAGAAGAAUAUCUAUUAUACAAUAGAAAACUAUUCAAUGUGGCAAUUGACAAAAAGUGGACAAACAACUUCUUAUACCAUCUUAGAGUUUUACUUUCGGAACAAUAAUAAGACAGCAUUUGGUCUUCGCGGCCUAUUCCCGACAUAUUUUUAUUAUAUUCUAUUAUUGCCUUAGGUUUUAGUUUCCUUUCACCUCUUCUAUUUUCGACAUAUUCCAAAUUACCGCCAAACUCCGUUGAAAUAAACAAGACUUAUCUUUUAUCUAGCCACUUUCCAAUCACUAAAUUUUCAGAACAUUUUGUUAGUACUUCCUCCUUUGAGCUUUGCCUCAACUACAUUUUUGGGAUUUUCUUUCCUAUCUUUUCUUAGUGUUCCAGUGACAAAAGUCUUGCAUUGUAAUAGUUUUUUGGCAAGGGUCUAACUAUUGUAAAAAUUGUCAAGAAACACACUAUGCCCCUUGUCUAAAUAGUUUUGCAUCAAUGCCAAUACAACAUUUGUAGCAUGUCCUUUCCCUGACAUAUCAUUUUCUGCACCAGUGUAUACUCUAACUUUCAAAACUAGCUUGGGUUCACUCAGGAUAUAUAAUUUCAUUCCAUACUUGUGUCUCUUGUUUUUAAUAUACUGGCGAAACCGCAAUCGUCCUCGCCAUGACACCAUUGUUCAUCCAUUUUGUUAUUUAGAAACUCUUGAAUAUAUCUUAUUUUAUGCAAACGAUCCCCAAAUUCAGCUUCUCCUCUAUUGGGAUAUUUGAAAAAUGCAAACAACGCAUUAUGAUCCAAAAUCUAUUUCGGCUCAUAUAGUGUGUAAAAAAAGGCAAGUUGUAAAGCUGAUCUGUCUUCCAAUAGUCCUGGGUUCUCUUUAUUUGGAUGUGACCCAUAUGAAGCAGCAAAGCAAAGAAAAUUUUGAGUUCGCAAACCGUAAGUGGUUUCCAAGUCGUAAUUCGGGAUUUUUCACUAUUUUUGUCACUUAGAAAAAGUUCUUCCGCAUAUCGAUUCGUUUCGUCUACGAUAUGUAGCAAAAGUUCGUCCGUAAAUUAAAAAAUCCAUAAACAGAGUCGUCUAAUACAUCUACUUGUAGGCCGGAAUUACCUGAGAAUGGAUUUUUUUUCAAGCAAAGUGUGUCAGUCCAACCAAUAGUCGGCAAAUUAUCGUCGCUUUGUACUGGAGCAGGAGAGGCAGGCAGUUGAAAAUUUUCCUCGUCCGGCCCUGAACUUUCGUCACUACUGGAAGGCUCAUAUUCACUGCCACUAUUUAUGAAUGGUUCUUCCUCACUUUCUGAAUCGUUAGCGUACUGCAGCAGUUCAUCAUACUUUAGAGGUCUCCUUCUUUCCCAAUCACUACGUAAUUUUUUCGGGCCUGAAGGCCCCGGAAUUUCGUUAUCCAUAACACUCUAACUUGACAAAAAUUCCCAAAACCGACAAUGCAAAAACACGUGCUUAACGGUGCCAAAAUUGCCGACGUGAGCGCAACAGUCUGACUCAAAAGCCGGAAUAUUACUGUCUAUUUAAAAUUAUAAUUGCACUGGACGCAAAUGUCUCGUUAUCGGCUUUUGGUAGGAGAAAGCCAUGACGCAACAUAUGCGUCACUGGCAGCGAACGUGUACUGAGUUAUGACAUUAAAAAAAAGUUCCUAAAACCGUUUUAUCCAGAAAACGUGGACAUAUGAACUACACAUAUGACCACUUUUGAGCAUAUGUUUUUAUGCCCAUUAAAAACAAGAUUUUACAUGAAAAAUACUCUGACCUUGAUAUGUGAUAGACGAUGUGGCCGAUGUCCAAAGAAUCUUUGUCUUAUUUGUAUGUUCUUUUUAUGGGUUUUUUUUAAAUCUGGCAAAUAUAAUUAAUCAUGUUUUUUAGUUCCGUACGUGUUGCGGCUGUAAUGUGUGUGUGGUUGAGACGUGUUUUCUUUUUUUAUAUUUAGAGAAAAUCUUUGUCGCAAAUCAGGUAGGCAUGGCCAGUUACCAAAAACUUUUAUUUGGCUUUUUCAAAGAUAUUUUUAGAAAAUAGGUAAACAAGUUAAAAUAGUCUUAAUUGUGUUUUGCUCAAUACAGUUAUCAAUCCACAUUUCUAGAUUUUUACAUCUGAUUUGAGUAUUUAGGCUAGUUAAAAAAAAAUUAAUUAUGCUUAAAUUUUGCGGGUAAAGAAAAUAAAUUUCGGCGGAAAAAAUGCCAGAAAUAUCUGAUUCUGGGUCGAAGGGAUCUCCUGCAAGGCCUUGCACUCUUUGUUCGGCAAUAUAUAUGCCCAAACGGGGACACACCAAAGCACGUGUCAAUUAACGAGCGAACACUUGCGGUCAUAAUUGACUUGACCGGCCGAUUGAUUUAGUACGAAUACCGUACUCCACGUACUCACGCUUCAGCCGCGAUGCCGUGAGUUUAAAAGUUUUGUAAUUAUAAUUAAUGACAAAAAUAGAUUUAUUAAAACGUAACAAGAUGGAAGAAAACAUUCAGCUGGCAAGGCGCUAUUUCAGUUACACUCCUUGCCAGUCAUAGACUCAUCCCAUAUUCACAUAGGGUAGGCGCGCCUAAGAGUACGCACUUAAUAUUCUUGUCUACAUAAAACCACAAUAAAGAAAAAUAAAUAAAAAAAAUAGUGAGCAACCAAACCUAUAUUCUAUUAGCCAACAAAAAAACACAGUUUAAAAAAAUUAUUUCUACAUUAAAAAUAACAACCCCUUUUUUUCAAAAAAUACAAAUGCGUACUCUUAGCGCCACAUAUGCCCAAGAGUACGCAAAGGUUGGGCUAAGAGUACGCAACAUCACAAUGUUUAAGUAAUGUUUAAUUGCCUAUGUCGCAAUGGAAUUGCUUUUGUCCCAUGUAGCUUGUGCAAAUUUCAUGCCACCAGAACUUGCAUGUUGCACACCUGACCCUCCACCAUAAGAAUUGCUGUAGUUCUUUUCACAUCCAGGACAGACAGCAUCUUCUUGAUUGCUGUUGAUGCUGAUGCUCAAAGCUUUCGAAGGCAUUUUCUUCUUCUUCUGCUUAGUUCUGUCAGUAAGUUUCCUUUUAAUGAUGCUCGUCUUGUUUUGGGAGGUGGAUUCUUGCAGUGAGUCUUUAUAAGGUGUGGAUGAUAAUAUUUCCGACCUAAAAAAUGUGAAAAUAUCUUUAUUAAAUAGUAGAAGUAGGAGAGCUUUUAUUAUUAUUGUUGUUGUUGUUAUAAUUACCUUUUGGAGCGAACACUCCUAAUUUGCUCAUGUUUUGCCUUUGGUAGAGGUAUGAUCAUUUUUGGAGUGAUUCCAGAUGUCCCAGGUACGGCGAGAUCACAAUUUUUUAGGGGAAGAAAACAGUUUAGACUUUACAUUUUCGAUAUCUUCGCUGUCUUGAAUAGAUUCUGAAUUUGGCAUCGGGUUAUUUAAACAAUUGCUAUCAGUAUUCUUGGUUGGUGUUUUGAGACUAGCAUCGUGUAUUUCUAUCGGAGUAACAGACUCUUUACGUAUCCUAUCUAUCAAAACUGAAAUAGGCAAAUUGUCAUCAUCGUCGGAGUCGUGGUUGUUUAAGACUUGAACAUUAUCUUCAUUUUCAUGUCGCCUAUCGUUUGUUGGUUCAAUGUGUAAGGCUCGAUCAGUUACCUCUGAAGGUGCAAAAUCCUCCUCUGUAAACACAUCUGGGUUAUAAGGAUACAAUCCUGUAGUACUAAAUGCCUUUUCACAAAUCUGAAUUGUUGCAACCUUGGAAUAAGCUGCAUGAAAUAGUCUAGACAUUUGUUUCAGAGUCACUGGUCUACAAGGGUUUUGAAUCAUCCAUUUGUCGCUUUCAUUCGAGAAUGCAGUUUUCAAUGGACCAAAAAAGCAUUUAUCGAGGGGCUGCAUUUUGUGGCUCCCAUGGGGCGGCAACGAUAGAAGAACUAUACAGUUAUUCCGACAAAAAUUAACUGCUUCAAGGGUACAAUGUGAUGUGUGGUUGUCAAGAAUCAAAACAACAGGAUCAUCCUCUGAUGAUUUUACGUAGUCUUGAAAAUGUGUAAGCCACCUUAUAAAAAGCUUCGAAUUCAUAUAACCAGUUUCUGUCACUAAUUGUAAAGUUUUAGGUGGACAUACAUAAAAAAGUUUAUCGUUCAUACGUUUGCGUGGGAAGAUACGAGCGGGGGGUAGCCAAACUCCUGAAGCUCCCAUACAACACACAGUUGUUACUAACUGUCCUCGUUCUGCUGCAACCACUUUUGAAACUGUUUUCUUGUCCCUGGGGGCAAAAACUUUGGGCAUUCUGUUAAGGACUGUCGACAUCCCAGUUUCAUCCAUAUUAAAAAUGCGGUGAGCUGGUGCUUUUGUUUUUUCAUAGCAUUGUCUUAAAUUUUCAAAAAAUCUGUUGCACUGAAUCUUGUUAAAGCCAAUUGCUCAAGCCAAACUUACUUUUUCGGGAGCUCUAAGAGACAGCAAGUUUCGUUUAGCAAAAUCUUUAACCCAGUGAUUACCCGCCAUUUUUUGCUCCGGAUUAAAUCUGUGCCUUAUUCGGUUUAGCUCGCCGUAUUGGAAUGCAAGCGACUUCGAGUCUUUCAUGCGCAAUCCAUAGAAUCGGUUAUCCAGAUCUUUAAUAUGAUUCGCCAAUUCUUUUUCCUGAUCGAGAGUAAAAACUGAGUUAAAAAGCCCCAAAGAUUGUGGAAUAGUCCCUAAUCUCAAUCGUUUCCGUAAAGAGCACUCGUUAACACCCAAGGCAGCAGAAACUGAACGCUUGCUUUCCCCCCGGUCUAUUCUAAGUCGCGCCUCGUCUAGCAAUUCUUGUGUAAAUUUCAGCUUACGAUUUGUUUUCCUUUUAUAUUUUCCCAUUAUCACCUUGUUAUCCUGAAAUUAAUUAAAGGUGCCUGGCGUUACUAAGUAAUUAAAAUAAAUAACUGUGGCAAAGAGUACGCAAUUAAAAUAAAUAACUAUAGCAAACAGUACGCACUUAAAUUUUGCGUACUCCUAGCUCCCCUUUCUAGGAUUCGGAAAUAUUGUAAAAAAUGUGUUAUCUAACCGACAAAACAAGAAUAUUUUUAGGUGAGUCUAUAGCCUAAUGAACGUUGAAUUUAACUGCUAAUAUGCAUUUUCUAACAAAUGUUUCCACACGAUAUGAUUCCUUAACUAUAUUCACUUAAAUAUUACAUCGAAAUAGCAUAUUUUAUAUUACUUACGACUAUUCGUUUAUCAAUAAUCCCACUAAAACUUAAAUUUACUGGAUAACACCUUGACACAAACAACCACAAAUGGCCAUAUUGGAUUCGACCCGCGGUGUUGCCAUGUGGCUCAUCCAAGGUCUGCGUACUCUUGGGGAAUGCGUACUCUUAGGCGCGCCUACCCUAAGCCUGCCUCAUAUGUAUCAGACAAAUGAGCCCCAAAAUUAAAACAGGACAAUUGCCGACUGUAAAACAUAUCCAAAUGAGCCAAUCCAUGUCAGGAUAGAAAAAACUUGUUCUACGUUAAUUAAAAGAGUGUGAAGUGACGACUUAUUUAAUCUUCGGAUAAGUAUAAACCGGUCAUACUUUUAUUAAAAGUCCCUUUUCGCCAACCCCUGAAAUCUUAUUAUCAUCGCUGAGUCCCCAAACAGGCGACCCGUCCUCCUAAUGCAGCCAUACCUAGGGUCUAGCGGGCUGGGCACCACGCCUAAGAUAUGCAGAUGUCGGUGGAGUGUGCAGUGACCUGUUGGGAUUCCGGUCAGGUCUGCUAUAAUCCCCAGAGGGAUUAGCCGGGACAGCAGCCACGCUGUCCUAGCUUUAGUUGGAUUUGAUAGCAGUUCUUUAGCCUGUCGACAAGCGCUGUUCCUCCUCGAGUUUUUCCUGGUCUUUUCUCAUGUCCAGUUGUCUAGGAUAUAGAAAAUAUGUUUUUCACUUAGUUGAAGGUAGGGUUCCCGGCUUAUCGGUGGGAGAGCUGAUCCGAGCCUCGCAAACUCGUCCGCCCGCUCAUUGCCCUCCACUCCGCUGUGUCCGGGAACCCAACACACUCGAACCGUCUUCCUCCUACCCAAUGUGUCCAGCGCAUUCCUUUCCUCUUGAAGCUGGUCACUGGAUGCUUGGAUGGCUUUUAAGGCAGCCUGGCUGUCGGAGUAAAUGAUUAUUUCAGUCUUCGGGCCCUCUUUGACUUCUUCCCUGGUGGCCACCUUGAGACAAUUCCGCUUGAAAGACUGACGAGAGUCUAGUAUAAACUGAUCAAUAAUCAAUUUUAUAGAAUAAGCAUGAAAUAGAGUGGGAAGUGAAACAUAGAAAGAUGUAUUUUAAAUGCGCGGGUUAUUAAUACUAACAGUCCGUUAAAAAAUAUCUCCGUAAAUUGGACGAAGCCUAAAAACCGUAUUAACGGUUUUUACAAACUUCUCCUUUAUGGCCCAGGGUAGACGAGACGUCUAGUUUCCAACUUGUUUUCCUCAAGACUGUUUUCCUCAAGGUCUUGACCAAGGCCGAUUCUGGUCAGAAUAUUACAUGGCUUCGUUCUGCAAGUCUGACAGGAAUUUUGAUAUUUUUUGUCGUUUAUGUGGAGUUUUUUUGAUAUCUUUCUCGUUUUCCCGUUAUGAAGAGAAAAAUCCGCUAUUGGGGUGAUAAAAGUAAGAAAAUUCGUUUUCCAAAUUUUUCACAUUCGACUACAUAGCACAAAAUAUCAACAAUGAGCUUGCACGGCGUCGCCUCUAUUGGGUGACGCCUAAGAGCAGAGGUUGUCUUCUUUAAAAUCGUGUGGCCUUGUAGUAUGCAGAAGCAUGGUAUUCUUAGUCUAUGAUCUCAUCAGACUAAAAAUAGCCCCCCUUGGGGCCGAAACAUAAUAUCCAUAAUCUUAAUCGUUUGGUUACUUUUUAAGAUACUGGUGCUUGAACCAAUACGUACUUUGCACAAAUGAGUUUUUUUGUAGCGGAUGACAUACAGACCUCAUAACAAGUAAAAUUAAAAAUUUUGUAGCAAAGGCACUUAGACCAUUUUGAAUUUCCGCUCUUCAGCUAAAUCUCUAUCUGUUCAAAAUUAGCUAAAUUUAAGUUUUCCUGACUUUUUCUAGGCUUGAAAUUUGCAAUGAAAUUUAAUGAUUAAUUUUAUGCAAUGUAAAAUCUCUUUGGUAUGUUUAGGAAUUGUCUUUUUUUUAAACCUAGUGUUGUUAUCGGUCGUUACACUGAAAAGGAAAUGAAUUAUCCUAUAAAUAAAUGUGAUAAAUAGAAUGUGAUUAGUUAGCUACUGCUUAUCUAUCUUAAGUCCGAAGAAUUAUUUUAUAGCUACUUGAUAAGUACUGUCUCGUAAUGAGUAGCCGGCUUUAAGCCUUAAUAUACAUGUAAAAGUAUAAUAUGUGUUAUAAUGACAAAUUAAAAGUAAGUUAUUUGUUAAGAUUUGUUUUUAGCUAUAAAGAUUUGAUGUAAAUAAAAAAAUGGAACUGAAA